UACAUCGGUUACGGUUUAUUUAACUGGCAUAGAAAGCGUUAAAGUUGAAUAUGUUAAGUGUGUAAAUAUAUAUGAGAAGUUCACAAAUGUUAAUUAACAUGAAUUAUUACUUUCGCAAUCAAGAAAAAAGUGAAAUGUGUCAAACGAAUCAAUGUACGGGUGCCCGAGAUGGCUUUAAGCAACGUGAACAACGUGCUACUCACCGGUGCUAUUAAUAAUGGGUUCCUUGUAUGACCUCUAAGUAAAGCAGGAAAGAGUGAAAAAAGAACAAGUGAACUAAAACAAAAGCGGCUGCUCACAUAACAAAAACGACUGUUCAACAAAAACCAAUGCAUUUUUAGCACAUUAUAAGCAUAUAUAAUACAUAUGUACAUACAAUAAAUGUGGUACUUGCAUAUGUAGGCCUUAAAUAAAAAAAUCAUCGCCAUCUGUAUGAAUUUCCCUAAGGCUGGCUCGAUCCUGUUGUGGUAGCCCUGCGUGAAACAUUGCCGCCUGCAGUGAGUCCUGGGAUUUAUUUUAAAUGGUCUUUGUUGACACUCAAAUGACGAGUAGAGCGCGCAUACUAACCCAAGUUUCUCAAAGUGCAUGUACAUAAAUUAAUACGACAAGCACAAUACCGAUUUCCAUCGUAAUCUGAAUAUCAUCAACAACAACAAAAGCAACAUUUCUAUUCUCAUUUUGUAUCGUCCACUGGCCGGCGCUCGUUGACGUUCCGAUCCCCAAAGAUCGCUGGGAUCGCAAGCAUCUUGUUACCCCACAAAAAAAACAUAUCUUUUAAUUAUGUUUACCCUGCAACCGACUCCGGCAGCUAUAGGAUCAGUGCCAUGGUCGGCAGGAGCACUAAUUGAACGACUGCCCACCUUGGAUGAUAUGAAUCAUAAGGACAAUGUUCUUGCUAUGAGAAAUCUGCCCUGUUUGGGCGUCGCUGGUGGCAGCGGACUGGGCGGUAUUGGCGGAAAGGCUGCUGCAACUGCUGCGAUGGAAGCCGCCGCCGCGGAUGCGACUACAGCACCACAGCCACCACAUUCGACAUCUUCGUAUUUUACCACCACUUACUACCACUUAACAGAUGAUGAAUGUCACAGCGGGGUAAAUCAAUUGGGUGGAGUCUUUGUUGGGGGAAGACCAUUACCUGACUCGACUCGCCAGAAAAUCGUUGAGCUUGCUCACUCCGGAGCUCGACCAUGUGAUAUUUCUCGGAUCCUUCAAGUUUCCAAUGGAUGUGUUAGUAAAAUUUUAGGCAGAUAUUACGAAACAGGAAGUAUUCGACCACGAGCGAUUGGAGGCUCUAAGCCACGAGUAGCCACCGCAGAAGUCGUUAGCAAAAUCUCGCAAUACAAACGGGAAUGCCCCAGCAUAUUUGCAUGGGAAAUUCGAGAUAGAUUAUUGCAGGAGAAUGUGUGCACAAAUGACAACAUACCAAGUGUAUCGUCAAUAAACAGAGUACUGAGGAACUUAGCAGCACAAAAGGAGCAGCAAAAUACUGGACCGAGCAGCUCCAAUCCCAAUCCAAACGCAAACACAAACCCAAAUCCAAGCCAUGCAGCAGCCAGCGGCAAUGGCAGUAGCAAUGGUAAUAGUAGUAGUAAUGGAAAUAGCGUAAGUGGACCGAGUGGGGUGGGGCCGAGCUCCACAAACGAUCUGAUACAAACGGCAACACCUUUGAACUCAUCGGAGAGUGGAGGUGCCAGCAAUUCUGGCGAGGGUAGCGAGCAGGAGUCGAUUUAUGAGAAGAUACGCAUGCUGAACACUCAACAAGCCUCGAACUUGGAUUCGGCUAUAUCAACCCCAGGGGCGCCGCCUCCAGUCAGUCACGAGCAACUCAUGACGAGUGUGCCCAGCCACUUCAGUCCGCACCCCCAUUCAAGCCACUCGAUCCACGCCCAUGGCCACCAUCAGCAGCAGCAGCAUAGUUGGCCCACUCGCCAUUAUCCCACAGGGUCUUGGUAUGCAGCUCCACUGAAUGGCAGCGAAUUGGUUCCGUCUCCAGGUGUCAUAUCUGUGACUGGCUAUGGAAACGGUGGCGUGACCGCUGCUCCAGGUCUGGUACCGGGACAUCCGUUGACCCCACCAAGUGAUCUCAUCAACAUAGGUGGCCAAAGCGCUCGUUUGGGCAACUGCACCAUUUCAGCAGACGAUGUAAUGCUCAAAAAGGAGCUCGAUGGCCACCAAUCAGAUGAAACUGGUUCAGGCGAAGGAGAUAACUCAAAUGGUGGUGCCUCCAACAUAGGAACGAGUGAAGAUGAUCAGGCUAGAUUAAUUUUAAAAAGGAAAUUGCAAAGGAACCGAACAUCAUUUACAAAUGACCAGAUUGACAGUCUAGAAAAAGAGUUCGAAAGAACACAUUAUCCGGACGUCUUUGCCCGCGAACGGUUGGCUGGAAAGAUAGGAUUGCCCGAAGCAAGGAUACAAGUCUGGUUUUCGAACAGACGGGCCAAGUGGCGUCGCGAAGAAAAACUACGAAAUCAGCGACGGACGCCAAACUCAACCGGUACAAAUGGAACAUCAUCCUCGACAUCGGCAACAACAUCUCUGACUGACAGUCCCAAUAGCUUAGGCGGUUGCCCUUCCCUAUUGGCUGGCUCAGCAGGAAGUGGACUGAAUGGCUUAGCAUCGCCGAAUCCAAUAGCAACGCCAACGGGUGGGUCUGAAAUUUCGGAUGGACACCACGCAGCUUCAGGAGGUGCUCAUAUUCGAUCUGGAGCGCAUGCUAUUGGCGGUGGGCGAUUAAACGAUGACAUGGGCAAUGCAUGUUCACCAGGGCUAGGAAUUGCUGACCAGCGGCAUCAACACCAUCAUCACGUUCCUCACACACUCGUCCCGUCCAUUUCACCGCGUCUCAACUUCAACAGCGGCUUUAGCAGUUCGAUGAGCGCAAUGUAUUCGAAUAUGCACCACAAUGCGAUAUCAAUGAGUGAAGGUUACGGAUCUGUAUCCUCGAUGCCAAACUUCGGCCAUCCAACAGUGGGUUCGCUGGCACCUCCCUCGCCAAUUACGCAACAAAGAGAUCUGACACCGCCAUCCAUGUAUCCGUGCCACAUGCCUUUGCGGCCUCCGCCAAUAGCACCACACCAGCUAGUUGGUGUGGGAAGUGCCACAAAUGACAGUGCCGGCGGUGUCAGUAGCAGUCCAACGGUGAACAUUGCGAAUCCACAUGCUGCGUCCGGAACUGUGGCCAGUAACAAUGCAACUGGAUACGAAUCUCUUUCGGCUUACAGUUUGCCGCCCCCGCCACCAGGAGCAGCACUAACAUCAACCACAGCUGCGAAUCAUAUUCCCUCUGGCCAUCAUCACAGCAUGGAGGCUCGCCAAGCUUCUUGUAGUCCAAGUCUAAUGAAUAGUGGCGGCUCAGUUCAUGGGCUGGGUCAUGGAUCGGGAUUUGGGACCGAGAGUAUUUCACCUGCUAUGCCUUCCUACGCACACAUGAGCUAUAACUAUGCAGCAGCGGCCAGUGGUGUGGCAUCCUCCGGAGGUGCCAAUCCGGCUGCUGCCAUUAACUCACAUGGAUCGGGAAAACAGCAGUUUUUUGCGUCUUGCUUUUACUCGCCUUGGGCUUAAGUGCAAGUACCGUGGAUUUACAGUGGAAAACUAAUCUAAAAAAAAACACAAACAGCUUUCAUGCCUCAAAAAUGUACUCAACCGAACCUUUCAUAUCGA